AAAAAUCCAGAAUGGAUUGCCCACCACAAGGAAAGCGAGAUCCAACGCAAAAAAAACGCGUGGAAACAAUGUAUGGCAAAUCUUUAGGUCGUUCGACUUCAAUACGGACGGAGGCCGCAACUGCAAUUGCCAGUCAUCAAAAUAAUGGAUUCGAAAUGAUCAGACGAAAUUCUGAAGACUUAGAUGGAGAUGUGGCCCGAUUUAGUACCUCUUCUCCUAAUGAACAUGAUGUAUUGCUAGAAAGUCGUGAUGCUGGUCAUCAACAAGUAUUGCCUGAUGUUCAUGAAGAAACUUGGCCUAAAAGUUUUCAAUCCGCUGAAUCUGAUAUUCUUGAUUCAGGGAGUGAGCAGUUUGUUUCAAAUAUUACUACGCGACCGAUGGCAACUUGUGUAGCUAUUGUAACGAAGCCAUCUAAAUAUAUAUACCUUUGCAGAUACCCACAAUAUGAUCUAUUUGCUUAUGCUUAUUUUAUAUUCACAUUAUAUUCUUAUUCACUAUUACAAACGUAUUUGCUAGUUGCUUCAUGUGCAACCAUGUUGACCUAGAUAAAACUUCCGGGUUCUGACUCACGCGUGUGACGCACCUACGCGUCACGAACAUCACGCCACAUGCGAAGAUGCGACGUUUCAUGGUGAACCCACUUUCUGACAAGAGUCAGACAAGGAUCAGCUUGCAAGACGUUCAGUCGCCUUUAGCUUGAAUUGUCACUCUUGAACAGUAGACUUUUAUCUUGAUGUGUUAGCUUAUUCAUUUUAAUCCAUUAGUUAUUCCUCCAACUUAUUUUGUUCUUCUUUCCUCUCCGAGCAUCGUGUGUAUUCGAAUUAUCUUCUCAACACGUAUUCUAAAUACUAUACGUGUCGGCAAGUAGUAUUGUUUCCCGUUUUCUCCUAUUAUUCCCUCACGCUUGUACGCCCGCGCUACCACGGUAAGAUCAAAUUACUUUGUCUCGAAUCUCACGCUCAGUUUCCCAAUUGGACUCACGUCCAUGUAUCCCUACUCGUUUUGUAAACCUUUGGCCUCAGCUUAGUAAUACAUAAUCAUCAUUGUGGGUAAAUACGCCUCUGAGUUUAUUUACACAACAAAUUGUCUUAAUUCGUAAAGCCAUUCACCCGAGAGGGAGAAUGCUUUACACUAUCUAUGGGUGUGAUUCAACGAGACCGAAUUUCAGUAGUCCAAGUGGUGAGCUAGUCGGAUCAACUACCACCACAGUUCCAAAUGCUUCAGGAAGCGAUGGUUACGCUUCUGUUCGCGGCAAUGUUCCACGAAAUUAACCCGCUCCAAUGCCGAUGCCUACUUUAUCAUCGACCUCGUCUGAUUCUAUACCCAAAUUCCUUCCGCUUCUGCCAAGCCUGGGAGAUGCCCUCCAAGUGGCCGUGGUGUCACUGACGCAAAAGGACGCAAUGGCUCGAAAAUCCUUGGUAGUUCUGCGGAGCGCCCAAUUGUGCACCCGUUAAGUGGUAAUAGUCGUAUAGGUACAGAAAAUAAUGCUAGCUCUCAGCAGGCAAAAAACAUGUUUACUGUAGCCUACUGCUACCAGUCGACGUACUAUGCCCUGAAACCUAAUUCCAAGAUUUCCAACCCACCAGAAUAGGCCCUAUUACUUCAUAACAAGAGGAACGCUUCCACCCCAGUACGCACAAACCAUAGGACUUCCGGAAGCGCCUCGCAUGGCUAAGUUUUAGAGACGGUUUUACUGCAAAGCAUGUAACUUACCCGUUUGCUCACCAAAGUGUUCAAAGAAUUUCUUUUACGGUGUGACAUGAUUUUAGUUUUUUCUUACCAAUCAAGAUUUCAAACCAAUCCAACAGUUGCAAGCUGAAGCUGUUUAUAUGUGAAUGUUGUACUUCUGUACUUUUUUUAUAACUGCCAGAGCAAAGAAAAAGCUUUGUUUUAAUGUAAACAAGACACUAAGCAAGUUUUAACGUCACCAUUCUCUUGCCCUAUGUUUACGCUGUCGUCCGUCCAGCGGCGAAGUAAAAGGUAGAAGACCACAAUGCAUUCAAGAAGAUUUUAUGUAAAGAUACCGGCUGUCUGUUCAUACAAAUCGGAAGAAAAUUAAACAAAGAUAACACACUAA